AUGGAUAUGUUGAAGGCUGAGGAAAAGCGAUGGCUUGUGGUUGGAAUUUGCCUUUCAAAAGUUCUUACACCUGCAAUGAGGAGGGUUAUUGGGCAAGAAAUGCAUCAGUUGUAUCAGAACAUGGUUCUUCCACCAACAUGCAUUCAUUCACGAACAUUGUCUUCUUAUCUUAAAAGACUUCCACCUUCUACUGUACGCCUUAAUUAUGUGAACAUCAACAACAAUGCAACACAAUCAUCUUAUCACAGCUAUGAUUACUGUGUUAAAGAUGAACUGUCAUUAGCUAAACUGUUUGUGAAGCCAUUCAUGUCUAGUUUCACAGGUUUUGAUGAAACAUUGGAUUCAUCUGCAGCACUCUCUAUUUUAUGUGUAGCACCAAACUUUGUUUAUGAUGGAAUUGAUAUUAUUGCAAGUGAUGUACGUGAUUUGGUUCGUAAUGAAUGGGGCCAUUGUAAGUUUGCAACUUGGACUGAAGCUUAUUACCAGAACUGUUUUCAGCUUAUGGAAAAACUGAUCACAAGACUGAACCUUCCUGAAGCAUCGAAAAAAGAUGUUUUGAAGGACUUGCAAGAGUGGAGAAACAGAGGUAAGUGACAUCAAGGAACAUUUUAGUUGAGUAAUUUUUGUAAAGUACUCUUUGGCUAAUAAUUAACACUUAGCAGACUGUAUUUGACAAAAUUUUGGGAGUUGUUAGGGGAGGGCACGCAAAUUGUUUGCCUCAGCCUUUGGCUUUUAGGGAUAAUUUAUGAACUCCAAUAUUUUUCAAUAACAGUGUUUUAUAAUUAUUUUUAUCAUUUUGAUCCUCAAGUUUUUUUAAAUCUAUAUAUUUUUUUAAAAAAUUACCUUCAGUUCUGAAAGUCUAGCGAAGAAGUUAGCCCUUUUUAUGAGUCAGAAUAGCCCUGAUACAGCUACAAAUCAAAAUAAUACCAUUUAAUAGCCUUCUAUUUGAUGACAUUUAACCAUUGAAUGUUAUUGAUACAUUUGGGACUAAACCCAGAUCCCCACUCAACCUUAACUGUUUAACUCCCAGAUCAAAUUUGUAUUUCUCCUUUCUGUCAACCAUACAAUUCUUAUCAUGUUAGCUCAAAGAAUUUAGUAUUGAAUCAACCAAUUAUCCCCAAAUUGAAAUUUUUCUUAAUUCUCAUCAUUUAUCUGGUUGAUAUUGUAUUGAUAAUGUAAGGAGAAAUUCUGUCUUGGUCACUCAUGGGAGUUAAAGGUUUAAGCAAAUUCCAUAAUUAGGAGUGCACUUUAGACUGUUAUAUGUCUUCAAUUGGUUAACCCUUUACACUCUUAUAUCAGUCUCCAUAUUCUCCAUAAUAUCCAUUGUGCAUUUCCUUUGGCACUGACAGCAAGAAUUCAUUUAACAUUCAAAGCUUCUCAGGGUGGUGAUCAUUUCCUUUAUUCUCAUGAUUGUUAUGAAUGAUUCAGCAUUAUUAAUACUAAAUGGAGAAAUUAGAUGCUGGUCAAUCUUAGGGUUACUAGGGUUAACCACUAGACAAUGAUACGUAGUAAAUAAUCCCUUUCAUGCAGAUGGUAUGUCUCCUGAGGCUGAGAUAUCGUCCAAGAAGUAAAUAUUUGGCUAAGAAGUAAAGCUUUUGGGGCAAAUGUGAAAUUUGACUGAUCAAUACCAGAAAGCCAGAAGGGGGUUUAUUUAUUUUAUAACCCUCUUGUUCAUUUUUGUAAUUUGCAGUAUUUGAGAUCAGCUUUUUAAUGUCACCAUCACUAGGCUAAGGGGGGGGUUAUAACAAGUACUAUUAGACUUACUAUCAAAACUCUGAUUGGUUGAGAGCACCCAGUCAAUGUGCAAUAGCAUUUAAAGUUGACAUGACAACCCAAAAUCUGCAGCAGAUAUUGGGUUAUCAUGUUGAGUUCAAAGUCUGCCUAGUUUCCUAACCUCUUGUCAGUGAAGAACUGUUUGUAACUUUUUGUAAACUCACAGAAAAGUGUGUUCUUUUGUAGAUUGUCAAAUAAAUGUAUCAAAGUAAAAUAAUUUUUGAAUUCAGUUUUUGCAUGAUGUCAUGAAUUUUCAACCUCCUUUCUGUUUUAUCUGCCUCAGCUUUUGGUUUUGGUCAAUAACUCCAACCAUGGCAUUGAUAAUUCAUGAUAUCAUGCUCAACCUCAUCCAAUAAUUGCUUAAUAUUCAUGAGAUGGUAACACCUAAUUUAUCAUUUCAAAUACAAUAAUAGGAACAAACAUGUGCUUUGGACAACCUGUUAAUGGUGAUGUGCUGAAACUUGUACAAGAGGAAAUGGCAACAUUGGUUAUAUCUGUUGAAAAAAAUAAGGAAACUUGGGUGCAGGAUCAUGAGGGACUAAGAAAGAAUCUGCAAAGUUUGACACAACUUUUUGAACUUGACAUCAAGCGACUUGAAGCUAGCCAUGUGGCCUUAGAAAGUGGCCUCAGUGUCCUUAAAGAGGAUCAGUUGAGGAUGAAAGAAACUCUAGUGGAAAAUGAAAUGAUAGCAUCAUCAAAUGCAUCUCUCAUACAGCAUGUUAAAGAUAGUUACGAAGAGAAACACAAAGGUCUUCAAUGUCAACAAGAGGUUUUGGAAGGGAAAGUUGCUGGUUUGUCUCAAGGAAUGGAAAAGUUGACUUCAGAAGGAAACAAUUGGCUCACAAGUGGUAAAUUUAUGAUUGAAAAUUAGUCAAUGUCAUUGAUAAUUUUUGAAAUUGUUUUAGUGUAGAAGAAGAGCAAGUUUUUAAACAUCCCUUUGACCUGGAGGGGUCAUUGUGUUGUGUUUUUGGGCAAGGCUCUUUCCACCCAGGAGUUUAAAUGGGUCCUGGGGAACUGUCAGGGAAGCCUGAUGAAAUUCUGGGGGGUAACCUUGCAAUGGCUGGUAUUCAUCCAAAGGGGAGUAGUAAAUUACUCUUUGUUGCUUCAUGCUACUGAAACUACGAUAAAGGUCUGGUUGGAUGGGCAACAUGGCUUGAGUGUAGACUUCACCUUUCAGUUAUGUAUUUGGCUAUUGAGUAAUGCUAUAUACUGUAGGUAAUUUGGAUGAUCAUAACAUUCUGUAAAUAACAAUACAUGCUUCUGAAAAAAUGCCAGUAUUGUCAUGUAAUAUGGUACUGUUAGAAGUGUAAGUACAUGUAUGUUACUAUUGUAACUUAUAUGUGGUAUUCAGUGCAAAAAUAAAUCUUCAAAUCUUGUUGAUUCACUUUUUGCUAUUUCAGGACUCCAUUGGAAAAUCCCUGUAACAUUAGUGCUGAGUAUUGUCAUGAUUUUCCUAUAUGAGUAUUAUACUCCAGGAUCUAAGCUUCAUUAUUGGCAUUGUAGAAGGGAAAGCAUCCAAGGCCACACUUUGUCUUUCGUUUUCAAGACAAAUGAUCACCAGGUAAACUAAGUGUUCAGGUUAAGAUAAUUCCUCCUCUGUUCUUAAAACUCAGCCAGCUCUUGUGUUUGGGUUUCACCCUACAAACCCUUUCCCAGGCCCACUCAGUCAGGGUAAAAGUUACUGAAACUCCUAUGGUUGACUGUAAGAGUAAACUAAGGGAGAGAAACUGAUUGGAAAUUUUGUAGAAAAUUCCACAAAUAACUUAUUUACUCAAUAAGAACAACAGGUAUUAUCCUGUAACUGACUUCUUCAAAAUACUAAGGUCUGAUUAACCUAAUUAAAUUGAAUUCUUUGUCAAUAGACAAUGAUGUGAAAUUCAAAGGUGAAGUUAAAAUGCUAUUGUUUUUCUGAAGCCUUUAGCUUGCAAACAGAGAUUACUGUUAUCAACUGAUUAAAUCAGCCAAUGUAAUAAAUAUGAAUGGAUUGUUAUUUAAGUGUAACAAUUAACUGUCACGGUCAGACUUUACAUUCUGUUGAUUCAGAACAGUUUCGUUACACGACGUUUUAUUUAUUAAGAGGAGCUCGUUUACAUAACUAUUACUCUUAUUGUUACAUCUUAACAGACACCGUCAGUGAAUGGAAUUGAGUUCAGCUGGGAGGCUUUAAGAAAGAAAUUGAACCUUAAGAUCCGUCCUCAUAAUGAGCCAGGUAUUUAUUUUUAUUAACUUCGCAGCCAAGAGCAUGCUAACGACCUCAGUGAUUUUCAAUUACGUUUUUGGCAACCUUGGAACAGUUUUCGAGUAAGCAUCGAAAGUGAUACGGGAUAACUUUCUCAGUAAGUUGUCUUGAAAACUCGCGUCACUUUCUUAACCAAUCAGAUUUAAAACUAAAUCACGACUUGGUCACCCGUGUUUUCCCGCGCUUCAGGAAGUGUAGUUAUUUUUACCUUGAGUUCUCAUUGGCUCCUUGGGAUUUUUCCUUUGUUGUGAUUGGCCUUUUUAAAUACUUUGGUUCUGGUUUUACGGCGCUCAAUCGAAAAGCGCACUAAUCAAAGAAUUCACAACGUCCAAUCAGAACAGAAAAAAAUAUUGCGAAGAGCCGAUAAGAAUCGGAGUUAAGAUAAGUAAAAGGACUCAAACGCGGGAAAAAGUCCACUCAGUUGAUUUCCAUCUUUCUGAUCGAUAGAGACGAUGGUGCAAGAUUUCUAGAACAAUCGCAGCACGUAUUUAAACUAAACCUUUGGAAUCUCAGAUUAUAUUCGACGUUCGGACAAAAAUUGCUCCAGAAAACAACAGCAUGAAAUAGAUAAAGCCUCUUUUCAAAGGGCUGAAUUAUACGAAAACGAAUUUACUUUGUAUGAAGAAAAUAAAAAAUGAAAUAAAACAGCAGGAAUAAAGUGCUCCCAGAUGCAUGAUAUCGUUGAAUUAUUCUAUUGACAAAUAUGUUACAUCACAUCUAAUGAAAGGUUUGUAGUCCCAGUAUUCAAGCGGGAUUAUUACCUUACCCUGAGUCAGUUGGUCUGCAGAGUAUGUGAAAGCUCGGAGAAAUCAAAUGCGUUUCGUCAACGAUUAUAAGUCCAAAAUUAAACACACGCACGCCAUUUUGUGUAGACUAACCGACCAGAACCCCUCCUCAAAAAUAUCCUUGUGAAAGAUUAUUUCAUAUUUCACGUUUUCUUUAUUAAAGGGGUGCAUUACUACCUCAACAUCGAUCGCUGUGCAUACGGAGGUGUCGUACUUGUGCGCUCACUCCUGGACAAGACUCCUCAAGUGCGGGGGGCAGAGGUUUUAGCCGUGAACUCUGAUUGUUCUCGAGUCUUUUACCAUGAUGACGGCGUCUGGAGUCUUUACCAAAGUGCAAGAAAUAUCCGUUGCAUGCCUGCAAAUGGAUGAUGCAGUUCAUUUGUUUCAGCUUAGGGUUAGUACCCGUUGUCCUAAGGCGUAUCAGCCUAGAGAAAAAGGAUUUUUCAAUUUAAGUGUCGAAAGUAAUCCUAGACGAUAUCCCUGAUUUUCCCGUUUGCACUGAUUUUGUUGAAGAGUUCGGACUUUUCGAAGUUUUUCGAUUAAAACUCAGUUUAUCAUGUGGAGCGUGUUAAGUCAUAUUUGAGUUUAUGUGUGAGCGAUAUAUUUUUGUGAUAAUCGGUAGAGCGGAUUGAAGAUAGCAGCUAAGUCAUGAUAUUCUAAGUCUAUGUUUUCGACGCCCAAUAUUGUUAAUAUUACCUUCAAUUUACAGGGAACUACUAAAUAUUGCUUUACUAAGACAGAAAACCACCAGAAAGGUAAUAAUGAGGGAAGAAGAAAUAUAAAUGAUU